ACAUGAUGAGAAUCCGGUCAUACAAACACUAAUUUUCGUCAAAUCAUCAUCAUAUGAUUGCUUUGCGAUUCGUGUUAUACGCUAACCAUUUGAAAAACAACAGCAACCAGAAAAGCACACACCAGAAAUAAUUACGUUUCAAUAGAUAUGAUAACUUUAACGUUUUGUUUGCCCGCGCUGGUAAUAUGCGGCGCGAUUGUGUCGGUUUUGAGCGACACACCGGCCAACUGUAGUUACGGAAAUAUUGUUGGGUCGUGGACUUUUAAAGAGGGAAGUCGGGGGCACGACAGAAACAUCCAAUGCACAAAAAUUAUGACUGUUGUGUCGACUCUCCAGGUUGAGCUCUUCUUUCCUGAUCUCGUUGUGGAUGAGAAUGGCAACAAGGGAUUCUGGACUCUCAUCUACAACCAGGGAUUUGAGGUGACCGUUGCUGGACGAAAGUAUUUUGCCUUUUCAAUGUACAAAGGGUCAGGCAGGAAUACUACAAGUAUUUGUGAUGAAACUUUACCAGGCUGGUCACAUGAUAUAUUUGAUCGUGACUGGGCAUGUUACCAAGGUGCAAAAGUCAAAUCAGGUCGUAGUGUUAGACAUCAGGCAAAUGACUUCCAAGUAUAUUCUGGCAGGUUUUACAAGAUCAACCUGCAGUUUAUUGAUGAAAUCAACCGAGUUCAGUCGUCGUGGAAAGCGGCUGUGUAUCCGGAGUAUGGGGGCAUGGCACUGGAGGAUUUGGUUAACCGAGCGGGAGGCAGGAAAUCUCGAGUUGUUGGGAUUCCCAAACCUGCACCAAUAUCAAGACAUGACGAGUUAAAAGUCCAACAACUGCCAAAACAGUUUGACUGGAGAAACCAACAGGGACGCUCGUUUGUGUCCCCCAUUAGAAACCAGGAGAGCUGUGGCAGUUGUUACGCCUUUGCAUCCAUGGCGAUGAAUGAAGCUAGGGUUAGGAUCAUGACGAACAACACAAUGCAGCCCGUGUUUUCACCUCAAGACAUUGUGGAGUGCAGUGAAUACUCACAAGGUAACAUUGUGGAGUGCAGUGAAUACUCACAAGGUUGUGCUGGUGGAUUUCCAUACCUAAUUGGAGGAAAGUAUGCAGAGGACUUUGGUUUGGUGAAGGAGAAAUGUAAUCCAUACAAGGGGAUAGAUGGCAAGUGUUCCACUGACCCAUCCUGCAGAAGACAUUACUCCACCAAAUACCAGUAUGUCGGGGGAUUCUACGGCGCGUGCAAUGAGGCGGUGCUGAUGAUAAACUUGGUGGAAUAUGGGCCAAUAGCGGUUGGGUUUGAGGUUUUCCCAGACUUCAUGCACUACAAGGGAGGCAUUUAUCGACACACAGGCCUCACUGAUAAGUUCAACCCAUUUGAGCUGACCAACCACGCUGUGCUGCUCGUGGGCUAUGGGGUUGACGAGGCCAGUGGAGACAAGUUCUGGAUCGUCAAGAACAGCUGGGGCCCCAAGUGGGGGGAGGAAGGCUACUUCCGCAUCCUCCGUGGGGUAGAUGAGUGUGCCUUUGAAAGCAUGGGUGUACAGGCCUUCCCAAUCCUUUAACUUCUAUUAAAAAUGGUGCAGUCAUUCUGUUGUUUCAUAAUCCAAGAUGAACUAAAUUGUGUUUAUAUUUUUAUGAAAAGUAAGGAAUUAAAUUAUCAUUAGUUUACACCAGUGAGAAUAUCACAGUGGCGCAAAGGGUAACCAGUGCAGCAACCUCAGUCUUACCCAGGGAACAUUUUUUUCACUAUUGUGUCAUGAUUCAGUAUGCAAUUUUCAGAGAUCACUACACAAUUUUAUAAAAAUUAAACAGUAGUUGCUAAUCAAUGUUUAACUGCCUAGAAAUAUUACUUGUAUAUGUUGUGUUAAGUACACCAAGUUGGUGUUCCAUGUGCUGUUGUGCAUACAGGUAGGCAGUCCAACAUUUACCGUCACGAUCUGAAGCAGUAUUAACAAUGUUGUUUAUUUUGGGGUUUUCACUACUGAUGAGAUUUUAUUAUACAUCUCAAACCAAACAGUUCAAUUGGUUCUUUAUGUUUGUUAUCCAGAAGACCACAUAUCUCAUUUGACCCAUGUUAUUUAAAGUUUAAAAGAGUUUUGUUUAAAGGCACCACUAGAGCACAUUGAUUUAUUAAUCAUCAGCUAUUGGAUGUUAAACAUUUGGUAAUUUUGACAGUCUUAGAGGAAACCUGCUACAUUUUUCAAUUAGCACUGAGUGGUUAACGUCGUGGGCUGUGAAAUGCCAUGAAAACUGGGGCAGUAGGUUCGAAUCCUACCAACUGCCACUUGUUGUUUUAAAAUAAUAUAUGCACUUUGAGACGGGCCUGCUCACAGGCCAGCCUUUGAUGUACUAGUUGUUGCACACCGGUAGAGAAAGGAAAACCCAGUCAGAUAAUGGGGCCACUGAGGUGGUUUCAUCCUAAGAUUGCCUCAGAAAAAUGAAUUUUAAAGGUAAAAGAACAAAACCUUGGACAUACUUGUGUUCUGGGCUACUCAACUAUCAGUAUUUCGGUAAGACCGUCAAUGUAAACAACCCAUAAACAAACAGUAGGUAGCAUGGUUAUUGGUUUUAAAAAGUGAAUAUAAUCCAUGUCUUGACAAUUAUAAUUUCGUUUUUGUUUUUACCCUUUUUAUUUAUUGUGACAUUUUAUAAGUUUGAUUACAUUAUACAGAUACAGACUUAAUUAUUGUCGACAUUGGUCUAGCUUUAAAUUUUAGUUACAGAUUAUGAAAUUAACCCUUAAUAAAUAGCGACUCCUUAUUGAUGCAUUACUCAAGCUGUUAUUCCCUUGAUGAUGCCUAGCAAGGUUACUCCAUCAUGAUAACUGCGACAUGCUUGAGCUGUGAAAUACAGCAGUUCCUGUUGUGUCUGAAGUCGACCCUGGAGAGUUUCAGACAGUUCUAUUUCUCUGGUUGGGAAUUCCCCGUCUGAACAGACCCUCAUGAUAGAUUCUGUUUGGAAUUUCUAUGGUUACAAUGUCAGGAACAUCCACAAAGAAUCGGUGUAUACAUUCCUUCUAUGAACUAUGGUUUUUAUUUAGUAUUUUUAAUGGAAUAUUUUUAAACAAAUGUUACAUAAUCAGAUUUGAUUAAUUGAUAUUCAUGUAUAUCUUUUUUUUUAUACAAUAAGAACCUGUUUGUAUUAAAUUCCUGUUAUAAUU